AUGGUGCCUGAAGGUGCACAUGUACGAUCCGUAUAUCUCGAUCCUCAAAACGGCGUAUGCAGCACCGAUAUCUCGAACAAGCUGCUCAUCGACUGUUCGACAGUAGAUACGGCAACCAGCCUCGCUGUGAAGGACCACAUUGCCGCUGAGUUUCCCUCUGCGUCGUUCUAUGACUCUCCAGUGAGUGGCGGCGUAGUGGGAGCUGUCAAAGGCACGAUCGCAUUCUUUCUAGGUUGUGCAGAGUCGGACCCUAAUCUUGAGCGCCUCACAUAUCUGAUGGGUUUGAUGGGUGGGCAAGUGAUACCUUGCGGAGGUCCAUCCCUUGGACUUGCAGCGAAGCUGUCGAAUAACUACCUAUCGGGUAUCAUCGCCAUAGCUUGCUCUGAGGCUUUCGACAUGGGAAUGCGCAGCGGACUGGAUCCCCGCACUCUGGCCAAAGUAUACGCUGCGGGUACUGCCCAGAACACUAUUUGCGACAAGUUUUGCCCUGUCCCACAUGUAUACCCCGAAGCCCCGUCCUCAGGAGGCUGGAAGCAGGGAUUCAAAGUGCAGCUGAUGCGCAAAGACUUCGGUUUGGCAGUUGAUAUGGCGAAACGAGUAGGGUCGAGAAACGUAUUGGGUGACGUUGGACUACAGACAUACGAUGGGGCAGCCAACGAUCCGCGUUGUAGAGAUUUGGACUCACGGGUGGUAUAUCGCUACCUCGGUGGCCAGGAGGACUGGCAAUCUAAAUCGAACGGCGCGUGA